CGCCUUUCGCUACAAGGGAAAUGGCGGGGCUGGAGUAGGGUCCUGGGUAGUUUCGGAGUCGCUGUGAGGGUGACGUACCUUGUAAAAUAUGGCGUCCCUCCUGUCGCGCAAACGGCCGGCCCGACCUAAGCAGUAUGACGUUUUCCUCGUCGAUAGGCCAGGUCAUGGGCCGGAACCGGAUGAACUCAAGCCAAUUUUCACCAUUGCCAGACGGGAUUACCCGGACUGGAACCCCAACAACAUUUCUACUCAGAGAGAUUUGUAUUUUUCGAUUAUGGACAAAAACAGCAAUAUGACCACGAAAGAGAAAGAAGAGAUUUGGAAUCUGUCCAGUCCUGCCAUUGAGAUCGACAACGAAAAGAUUUUCAUAAAGCUCAAACGUCCAUUAGCAGGAUUUGCAGGGACCGUUGACGAAACAUCAUCCUCUACCGGUACUCCGGAAACCGGCAGCAGUGACCUCCCUCCGCCUGUUCAGUGCAGCAGUCCUCCCGGGGCUAACCAACAAGAAACAGAGCGCCUGAACAACCAAUACAUCCAGCUACAGGAAAGUUACUCAAUGCUGGAGAGUAGGCACGAUGCUUUGAAGAACCGACUUCGCCAGGUUGAAGAUGAAAACGAUCGCAAUCUACAGCUGAAACUGCAGAAGGAGAGAGAAAAUGCUGCCUUACAGCGCCAAAUUGAUGACAUCCAGUCGCGUUUGAUCUACGUUCAAAAUGAAUCCGAUGCACACGCACGCAUGCUCAGUGAGAUUGAACAAGAGAAAGCUAUUCUUGAAAGAAAUAUGGGAAAGCUGGAGCUGCAGUUGGCAAAUACGAGAAAAGAGUUGGAGGAAUUGCACAAAUUGCUGCAGAAAAGGUUGGAAGAUCAAAAGGACGAAUUGGAGCACACCUUUCGAAUGCAACAAAUGAAACUGGAAUCAGAACUUCGCCAAAGCGAUGAGAAGAUCAAAGAUAAAGAUGCUCUUUUAGAAGCUAUGACGACUCGUAUGUGCGAACAAGAAGAGGCGCUUUUGAAGGAAAAGGAAUUACGAGCCACUGAAAUUCACGAUAAAGAGCUUUGCAUCGCUGAGAAAGAGAACACAAUUGCUCAGCAAAAAUUUGCGAUAGACACUCUACAGUCUGCCAUGAAAAGCACCAACGCAAAAAUUGAAUUCAAAGGUUCGCAAAUCCGUGAGCUCAAACUCAUGCUUAACACAAAAGACGAAACUACGAUGAAAUUAAAGGAAGAUUAUAACACGGAACUGAAACACCAAGAAAAAGCGUUCACGGAAUCUCUAAAUAGAAAAGAUCGUGAGAACAAGCAACUGGCGGAGGAAAUGGCCAAAGUUAAAGGAGAAAUGGCUUCACAGGCGGACAGACUUCAGAAGGAAAUAUUAGCAGAGAAUGAAUGCCACAAAGUUGUUGUUAAAGGUCUGCAGAACGAAAAAUCCCGUUUAAACGACAAACUGAAGGAAGCCAGAGAAGACCUUCGUAAAUUAGAAGAACAUGUAAACGAGCUUGCAAGCAAGAACACGUGGUGGGAAAAGGCGUCACGCGCUCGAUCCUCCAUGACUGAAAGUGUAGAAACAAUCACGCGAUCAAACCGAGAGCUUACCAAACAACUAGACGAGCUAAAACAGGGUAAUAAAGACAAAGAUGAUCACAUUCAAAAAUUGCAAGUAGAAUGUAUGGAACUUCACAAGACUUUGGAAUCGCAAAUGGAAGAAUGCAAAGGACAUACGGAAGAAAUUGAAAGACUCACGACAGAGCUGCAAAAGAAUACUGUGGGUGCCGCUUUACUAACAAAUAAGAACUUCAUUAAAACACGUCUUACCCAAUCUCAGCCAAAAUCUGGGAGCAGUGACAGAACCACAAGUAAACUUUCUCUUCCGCCAACGUCAGAUUCAAGAUCGGGAUCAAGUAAAGGGACCAUGAAAGGGGCCAGAGUUAAGGGUGUGAAGCUUCCAGCUAGUAAGAGAGAGUCUUAA